AUGGCAAAGUCGAACGCACCACUGUUGCCUGGUCCAGUGCAACAUGCCUUUGAGGUGGAGGGCGCGAAAUCCGAAGCGGCCUCACAGCCGAUCUUUCAGGAGGGAGAUGUGUUUGCGGGCUUCUGCCGCGCUGUUUGCUCCUUCCUGCUGGGAAGGGGACUUACAUCCCUCAACAAGGUGGCGUCGGCGCCGCUGGUGCAAGCGGAGUGGGCGGCUCUGCAACAGCUGCGGGCUGUGGGGAAAAGCACCAAGAUGAAGCAGGUUCUGCUGGAUCGACAUCAGCUUUUUGAGGUUCAGCUGGAUGCCAAGUCGCAACCACAUGUGUGGCUCAUUACGAAUCCGCCGCUGGCAGCAUUGUCCCAUUUCUCCGCCAUGGCCGCCGCCUCUGCCGCCAUCGCCGCAGCCGCUGGGGCCGGCUUCACGGCGCCGGAGGGUGACCUGGGCGUGGCGGGUGUGGCGCCGAUGGCGCCGAUGGAGGCUUCACAGCCGGGUGAAGCCUUGCGUCCAGAGCUGCUGGCAGCGCUGCGGGCGCAUUUGCUGCGGCAGAACGGGCGUGAACGUCACUCCGUGCUGCGGGCAAAGUUCGGGGUGAAACAAGCGCAGCUGCGGCCAUACUUCCAGGUGCUUCCCGCCGGUCAGGACGCAGUGGUUGCCCUGGAUGAAAAGUCCACGGCGCUGCCGUUGCCCAAGGUGCCUGGGCCCAUCAAUAGCAGCGUCAACGAAGCCAUGCAGGGCCUGGCGGCGUUGAUGGGCGAGCUGAACUGCAGCAGGGUCUCCAUAGGCCGCGCCAUGGUCUUUUGUAUGGACCGUGCAGAGCACCAUGCAGCACUGCUCUCAAGGCGUCUCAGCACGGCUCUUGCGGAACCCAGUUUGACGGUGACGCCCUUGGCCAGGUUCUACCUGAUCAGUGAUGUUCUCCACAACGCUGGCUGUGACAAACCAGGAGCCAGGCACUUCCGCGACUGCUUGCAGGACCUGCUGCCGGAGGCGCUGGGCCGCUGCUACCUGCGGCGCCUGGAGCUGCCGCAGCGGAAGAAUGCCGAAGCGCGGCUGCUGGAGGUGUUGCAUUGCUGGGUUUCCUGGAACAUUUUCCCAAGCCUCUACACCAAGGGGUUAGAGGCGCUGCUUCUGUCGCCAGUGUUGUCCUUGGAUGCUGAGAGUGAAACAGAUCUGCUGCUGAAGCAGAAGUUACAGAGAUGGUUCUCAGGUGACCAGUCGCAGCUGCCCUACGCAGCGCGCCUGCGCGGCUUGGCAGGAAAGGCGCAAAAGUCGGAGGUCUGUCGAGCUCGCCUCUGCCACUUUGAGCGCUUUUGGCAUCGCCCGGGCAUGGAGGCCUUGGAGCCCGACGAGGUGCAACGGCCCGCCGUGAACGCCGCAGCCAACGCAUGGGCACCGCGACUUCUUUCCGAUGCGCGGAGUGUCGCUCCUCUGGCGCCGGGUGCUGCGGUGCGGGUGAAACUUCGAGGUUCAGAUGACCUUGGCAUUUGCGAGUUCUACGAGCCGCAGAGCGGCUUGUGGCACGUGCGCUUUUGCGACGGCUUGCAGCGUUUGGCCCCGCAGCAGUUGAUUCGCUUAGGUGGCAACGAAGAGGGUGAUGCCAUCGAUGGCGAAGAGCUCUCGCAACAGGAACUGCAGCAACUGACCGAGGAACCGCCAAUGAAGCGAGCAAGAACUCGGUGUCAGCUGGUCUUCGAUUUCAAAAGACACAGCCGAUUUGGGUCUUGUUCACGUAUGGAGCAUUGGAGCAUGGAUCGAAUUCAAAGAUUCCCCAACUCAAAAAUUGUACAGAUUUGGAUGCUACGGUGUCAGUAA